CAAGCUGACACCAUGGUUUUGGCAAUUUCUCUGAUAAUUAGAACACUGUUGCUGGCUGCCUCCAAGGUUUCUGGAAUCGACGACCACGAUCAUCGACUAGAACGACGUUCCGUAGGUCACUGUUCCAUGUCUAGCCGAUUCAACACAGGAGACGAACUCGUAGUUCAUAAGGGGAGCGACUUUGUUGCAGAUUGUGUAUGCAAUGGGACCGUGCAAUUUGUGUGGACAGGCAAUGCUGCAACUACCAAACGUACAGAUAUCAACAACUCACACAUUGGCAUAUCGACACUAACACUACGUAACGCAUCGAAGCAAGACGAGGGUCGACUGUGUUGUGGGCUUUCGGACUGUCGUCCUCUCAUUGUGAUCGACAAACCAGUGUUCACACUCUCUGCAAGUGAGAUAGAAUGCAGUCAUAGUAAAGACAAAGGCAGCAGGAAUGUCUCUAUCCGAUGUAGUAUAUCAUCAACUGUCCGAACAAAUCUUGUUCAAGGUUAUAUGCUAGUCUUUAAAAACAAUAAGGAGACUUUAAGCUACGACAACAGUCCCUCAAACAGCACAAAUAAAGAUGCAUCUGGAAACACAAUAUAUACAAAGACUUAUGAAUUUGCAGAGAAAGUGCUCGACGGCGAUUCCCUAUAUUGUCGAUGGAUUCGUCAAGAUGGCAACAUAUUUGAUUCUGAAAGCAAGCUGGUGGUCGAGUUUCGUAAGUGUUUGGAGCCAGCUACUAGUUUCAAUACAACCGAUGAAGACACAACAACAAGAACAACGACAGAUGGUGCAACAAAACCGCAAGGUCGUAUUAGGACUACUUCAGCUGUUCUGUCUGUAUCGCUGACAAUACCAUUUACAGCAAUUGUGUUAUGUCCAGUGGUAAUAGGUUAUUAUCGUGAUAAAAGAAGAAGGCGUAAUCCAGUUGCGUCUGAAGACAUAGAACUUCAAUCAUUUGAGCGACAAGAAGCAGGUAACGAGAACUUGCAGUCAAUUUCAUCAAGAGACGUGCAAACGACACAUGAUUUUGGGGAUCUGCAACAACUUCAAACCAAAAUUUUCAAAUACAUUGUAAGACCAGCAUAUUGGGAGAUUCUUAGAGGACGCCUUUUGCCUAAAGAAAUCAUGGACAAACUGUUUGAAAGGAGAGUCAUAACACAUGACACAUUAGCGGAUAUUCGAACAGCACCAACAAUCGGAAGGCAAGUGGACAUACUGCUAGAUCAAGUCAGUCGUAUGAAUGACAAAAAUGUUAAAAAGUUUGCAACCGUUCUGUUUGAGACUGAGGGAAUUUCAGAUGUCGGUCAUCGGCUAUUGAAAGAUAUUGAACAGUAUGAGAGCAAAAAUCCUCCCUAAUGACUAAAUUUUGCUAACAUUUAUACUUCUACGCAUAUUGACAACUUGCUAGAUACCAUUGAAUUUGCUUUACGAUGGUAUUACAAAGUGAGCUUGUUGAGUUAGGGAUAGAUAGAUCACGUGAAUGAAGCAAAUUCUUUCAUUACAGUAAGCUAGAGUCAAAAUUUUUGCAGCAGUAUGCACACUGAAUAAAUAUUAUGUAA